CCCGUGGCAACCAGCACAAUGGCGGCGACUCGACUGACUGGCAUUUACCGACGUUCAGUGAUUGCUUUGCUUCCAGCUCAUCCGUCGUGUAACAUUCGUGGCAGGAAUUGUAUCUAUGCUGGUCUCCGCGUGUUGCUUCUCGUAUCUUGACUAGAGCCAUUGACGACGCUCACAGUCAGUGCGAUACUACAAUGCGACGACAGUCGCUUGUCGUGGGUGUCGUCGUUGCGCUGCAACCCAAUCCAAUCUUGGCCUUUUCUACCAGCAGAUCGCCGACUCUGAAGCGUGAACACCCGCGUUGGGUCAAUAACCAGAAACGACCCCCGUCAGUUUUGUCCGCCGUCUCGCCGAUAGAUACCUUGGUGGAUUCCUGGAAGGCACUUUGGGAAAAGCCAACGGCCGCCGUUUCCUUGCCCAAGAAACACCCGGCACAGACAGUGCAAAAUUUUAUUAGCGCCUACAAUGAAAGAGAUUACAACACGCUCGAGAAUAUGGUCGACCCAGACAUUGAAUUUGACGACACGGCUUACCCAAAACCGUGUCGAGGGCUGCCCGAACUUGAGCGUCGGUGGCGCUUGACCCGGAAUGCUCAAGGAGACAAGCGCAUACAAGUCGCGGUCGAUGACAUUGCCUCUUCUACGACCACUGUAGGUAUUCGUUUUCAUUUGGAAAAUGUCGAAGGCGAGAUUCCCAACGGUCGGGGAGCUGCCUUUUUCCAACUUUCCAACGACGGUCUACUGGUUAAAAAGGUGUUUUGGGUACAAGAAUCGGCUCAGAAAGGGGGAGAGGCCAGUCUGCAAACCCUCAAUCGCGCCAGCAAAGUUAUGAAAUUGACUGGCUAUAACAAGGCCACCGCCACAUCUACCGCCACGAAGGAGGCGUCCGAAAUGAUCGAAACCUCAUUCUUGUCUCUACCAGAGAAGUAUUUUGCGGCUUGGAAUCGUCGAGACAUGAGCAGUGCGGUUGCCUUGUUUGCGGAUACCGUCACGUAUGAUGAUACGGCCUUUCCGGAACCAUUUAGCGGCAAAACAAAUUUAUCAUCGCAUCUUUAUAAAUGCUCCAACGCGUUCCCUUCCACUUUUACCUUUCAAGUCGACAAGGUGGCCGACGCUGGAGACCGGAUCUCUGUGUUAUGGCACGUAGAAAACGACGGGGAUGAUUUACCUUUUACGAGGGGAUGCUCCUUUUACAACGUUGAUACUAAACGAAACGAAAUACUGGACGGCAUUGAUUUUGUUGAACCCGGGCCGAUUAAACUCGGAGGAUUCCGUUUGCUGGUGUCGACGGUCAGAACUAACCUUGAACGUGAACCGGCUCGAUACGUACCACUGAUAUCCUGGAUUGCCUACAUCUAUAUUGUAUUCUUCUCAAACGGGAUCCUGCCGGGUGCGAAUGCGCUAGAGCUUGAACAACGAACUUGGGAAGAGGUUCGUGAUUUGUCGCUCAACUUUUUCCUCGUUUCACCACUUCUCCAAUUAUCCUUCUCUCCAACGGUGCAUCCUAUGCUAGAAGGCGUUUUCAAUUUGCUCCUGUCUUGGGCGGCCAUGUUUGCCGGUUUCUUGAGCGACGACCGUCGAGAGAAGCCCAAUGUCGCCCCAAUGCUUCCAAUCGUCAUCGGUAUGCAGUUUCUGACAUCGGCGUUUCUAAUGCCAUAUCUAGUGCUCCGGUCGACCGAAGAAAGCACACUCGUGGCAAAGGACGCCCUUCCGAAAGUGGCUCAAUUGGCAGAGGCGCGGGCGCUGGCGCCCUUCUUGGCGUCGGUAGGAACUGGUUCCAUCGUAUGGGGACUAGUAGGACGAAUGGCAGAUUUUGGGGACUUGUCGACUCGCUGGUCCAGUUUUAUCGAUCUGCUGAGUAUUGACCGCGUAGGCUCGAGCUUUGUCGUUGAUCUAGCAUUGUUUUGGCUUUUUCAAUCAUUUUUGAUUGACGAUGACCUUAAGCGGAGGGGCAUAGAUCCAGAAACUAGCGAACUUCCGGUCUUUCUGGGAAAGUAUGUUCCGUUCUUUGGCAUGGCACUCUACCUUGCGAUGCGACCACCACUUCCUCUGAAUAUACAGAACUCGCAAAAUGACUAG